AUGGCGCGCUGUGGGGGCGACGCCGGCUCUAGAGGGCCGGGUGGGACCCGGGAAGGAGGAGGGAGAGGCGGAGACAGGGGUGCCUUGGAGAGGCGGAGGCUGAAGGAGAGGAUGGCUGAGCAACUGAGUCAGGAUGUGAGCAGGCUUCUUAAAGAGGAAAUCCAAACUGACAUCACUUUCUGUGUUGGAAAUACUCUAUUCAAAGCACACCAGGCACUGCUUUCAGUGAGAGUUCCAGACUUUUUUUCACAUGUCGCUGGGGGAGUGUUAACUAAUGUGAACACCUGUGAAGCUCUUAAUCUGGAGAACGUGGAACCAUCUGAAUUUAAACAAUUCCUGGAGGUUGUGUAUUCAUCUGACAGAAAUGUUAAAGAGGCCGAGCAAGUGAUUCUCCAGAAAAAAGUGUCAAAGACUAGAUUAACCCAGGAAGAUGAAAGUCUUAAAUUCACCAAUCUACAGGAUGCUCAAGAUCAUGAAAGGACACCUGGUCAUCAGUAUUCCUCAAAUGGAGCUGUAGAAACAGAAACUGUAGCUUCCUCUUUUAUUGCAAAUGAAAUUUCUGAAGAAACUGUUGAUGCUGAAGGCAAUAUAACUAUGUCAGAAACUGCAUCUGAUUUAGGACAAGAAUUGUUGAUGCUCUACGAGAAAUCUUGGUUUUCAGAUAUUACUAUGUGGAUUGAUGGAAAACCAUUUCACGGACACAGGGCCAUUUUAUGUGCCAGAUCUAGUUAUUUUUCUGCUAUGCUGAAUGGGAGUUGGGCUGAAAGCUCUCAAGAGCACAUCACUCUUCAAGGCAUAAACCAGGUAGAAAUAACUGUCAUUCUGCAUUUUAUUUAUGGCGGAAUUCUGGAUUUCCCAAACAAAGCAGAUGCUGGUCGCAUGUUAAGCAUUGCAGACAUGUAUGGACUUGAGGGUCUAAGAGAAGUAGCCAUACAUAUUCUGAAAAGAGACUACUGCAACUUUUUUCAAAAGCCUUUGCCUGGAAAAUAUCAGCCUGUGAUGGAAUGUCUGGCUAUUGCUCAUUCAGUGGGAGUAGAAAACCUGUAUGAUUCUUGUAUGAAGUGGCUAGUAAGGCAUUUUGUAAGAUGCUGGUCAGAGAAGAGCUUUGCCAGUUUACCUGCUGAAUUACAGAAUAAUUGUCUUAGAAUAUUGAUCCACUCUUUGAGUCCACAGAAUGCUGCCCAUCUUCUGAUGGAAACCGAUCGACUGGUUGGGAGUCUUCCCCAAGUAAAAUGGACUGAAACAGCUCUUGCCUUAGCAUCAAGGCUGCAAGAAGAGUGUGUGGCAUUUAUGGUGGCAAAUUUUCCCCAGCUAAUACAGAGCGAAAACUUUUUUGCCUUGUUACAGGUUCAGGCCAUGAGCAGCAAACCUGACCUUCUAGAUCAAGUGUUUGAAGCCAUUGAGAAGAACAUUAACACUGAGAACAGCUGCUGUCUUCUAGUAGCUAUGGAUAGUUUGCUGAGUUCUGCAAGUGUGAAAGAAAUGGGGUUUACGUGCAAGAUCCAGGCUCUGCGUGAUAAGCUGUGGAUCUUCCUGGUUCAGUCUUUUUACGCUGUUCGUCACACAGAGAGCUGGAAGCUGCUGAAGGCAGAUGAUCAACAGAAAAUACAAGCAGCUGCUUUUGAUGAAGGUGAUGACAGAAGACCUGCCAAAAAGCCGGUGUUCACUAGUUCUCAGUUAAAUAGGUUCAACUCUGAUUCAUUUGGAAUCAAAUCUGCUCCUUUGGAAGCAGUCAGAAAAAAAACCUGUUGGGGCAGUUCUUCCACUAAUCAGGAUAAAAUGAAAUCUGAUGGAAUAGGAGCAUCUGGACACACAUCGACUACCAACAGGAACAGCACUAAUAAGGUUUUGAAACAUGACGAUUUAAAGGGGAAAGAUGGUAAAAAAACUGGUUGCAAGAUUACAAAAGAGCCCAAACUGGGAGAGAAAAUGCCUUCACCAAAGGCUAGAGCUGUUAUAAAGCCAAAAACAGAAAAUAAUGGAAACAUUAAGGCUGAUGGUUUGCUUACAAAACAAGAUUCUGAGCGAUCAUUGCCUACUAGUGGCCAGAAAAAUCCAGGAAGUGGCAAAGCCAUGAAAAAUCAAGAAAUUAAAGCUGCGGGUGCCCGACCAAAAGCACUGCCUGGAAGCUCCAGUGUGCAGAUUAAAGCAAAACCUUUGAAAAAGGCCACAGGAAAGGAAUCUCCUUCUCUUCUUACGGGUGCAGGAACUCUAAGCAAAUCAGACAAUUCAAGCACAGAUCUACGGAUGUCCAUUGAACAACUAGAUGAACCCAAGGAGGAAAAGUUACCAGAUGAAGGCAAAAAGCAUUCAGCUUUGAAAACAAAGUCCACUUUGAAGAUGACUAAUGGAGCCCCUGCUAAAAAACAUGUUAAUGAACUUGAGACUAAUGUUCCAAUAAACAGUGCUAUGAAGAAAUGUACUGGAAAAGGUAGCAAUGAACACAUACCACAAGCAGUUUUGAAGAAAAAGAGAAAUGAAGUUGUCUGUUCUACCGUUCAGCAAAAGACAAAGAAUGCCAAUGGUGGUAAAAACCAAGGACCACAGGGAGAUUCACCAAAUCCACUGAGACCUGGACUUUCUCCAAAACAAAAUGAAGAAAAAAACAUGACACAACUUCUGACAAACUCAGAGAAGCAAAGUACGUCAAAGAAAAAAUCUAAAUCAGCACAAGCUGCAUCAGCUAAAGCUACUGCAAAAAUAAUAGUCACAUCAAAAAACCAAACCCCUUCCAAGAAGAAUGAAACAGUGAACAAUAAAGACCAAAAACAAAAAAUGGUUGCUGGACAAUCUGUAUUAAAACUCCAGUCUUCAAGCCAGAAGCAUCCCAGAAGCGAGUCUCCUGUUCUCAAGAGUAUUCAUGGAGAAGGGCAAAAAAGUUCAGGCCAAAAACUUGAAAACUCUGCCACUUUAGGAGCUCAGCUGCACAAUAGUAACAAAUCCAGCUCAGGGAAGAAAAAUAAUAGUGAAACAUGUACACUAGAAAUAGAUAAAAGUGACAUACCUGAAUUAGAAAAAAUGGCUCCCCUUGAAGAGAAACGCUGCAAAGGAACUUUGGACCCCUCUUAUGUCACAAAGGGGAAUGCAUCCAUGGAACAUGAAAAGGAAGCAAAACAUAUUUGUAAAAGUGAUAAAUCUCCAGGCAUUAAAAAUAGUGAAGAAUGUAAUGCUAUUGAAUUGUAUUGUGUUGAAGAGCAUAAGAAAACUGUGUGUGAAAAUGUUAGUGAGAAUUCUACCAUUUCAGUUUCAAAAGAAGGAAUACUACGAUGCGAACUGGUUACUGAACCUGUAGCUUGCCACAGUCCUUUGAAACAUUCAGGAGAAAAUAAGAACCAAGGAAAAUCAAUUGAUUAUAGACCUAAAGAUACCUUGGAAACUGAAAUGGGUGUUAAUGAUAAUCUGACACACAACUUAUCUGAAAUAGCCAGUGACAGCUCAAAUUCUGAAUACGAUGAAAAGAAGUCUUCUAAAGCCUGUGUAGUAGGGUCCGAAAGUGCUGAUGAGUUCUCUGACAAGUCUGCUUUGACCGAAUCACAGUCUGCUACAGUAGAAUCGGACAUUGCUUCAAAAUCUUGCCCAGGACAUGUCACAGAAAAAUGCUCAUCGAAAGACACAGAUACCACAGAAACACCAGAGAGCCAUGAAAAUUCAGAAACUCCUUUUACAGAUCAUUGGAAUUUGAGUUCCAAUGAUCCAAAAGAAAGCCCUGAAUCUGACACUGGCAGUGCAACAACAUCGUCAGAUGAUAUAAAGCCAAGGUCGGAAGACUAUGAUGCUGGAGGGUCUCAGGAUGACGAAGGAUCAAAUGAAAGAGGGAUUUCAAAAUGCAGCACUAUGUUAUGCCAUGAUUUUCUUGGAAGAAGCAGCAGUGAUACAAGUACACCUGAAGAAUUAAAAAUCUAUGAUACUAGUCUAAGAAUAGAAGUAAAAAUGAAAAAGGAGAACUCUGAUCUCUUCCGGGUUAUUUCAACAAGUGACGAUGAGCUCCCUAGAAGAAAGCCUGAAACAUGGUCUCACAAAGACAAUGAGAGGAAGAGUGGCUCUAGGGGGAAUACUAAUUUUGCUACUGCACAGUUUCCUCAAGAAGGAGAUCAGGUGUCCUCUUCAGCAGAUGAAACAGAAGAUGAAAAAUCUGAAAACGAAAAUGUUGUAGAAAACCUGCUUCCCUCAGAGCUUCCUGUUCAGCAGUUCCAUGGAAUAGUGAAUCUGGCAUUUGAAGAUGCAGCAGAAAAUGAUACUGAAGGUCAGGAGUUCUCUGCAACUAAGAACUUUAAACGGUCUGUAUUACUUUCAGUAGAUGAAUGUGAAGAACUGGGAUCUGAUGAUGGUGGUGAAGCCCACAUUUCUCUCCAGCGGUCUGUGGAUGCUGGAACACCCUCUGAUGUGUUUGAUGGUGUUUCCCAUGAUCAUCAAGGGAAAACAUAUUAUUCAAGAUAUUCAUUAGAAAUAGAGGAUGGAUUUCUGGAGUGUAGGGAACACGAUAAAGGAAGGUUGGACAAAGAUGAGAGUUCUUCUGUAGAUCUUCAAGACAGUAAGCUGAAAGUAAAAGAUAACCUGAGUACUUCAGCUGCAGAACAAAAGUAUUCAGAGAAAGUAGGAAAUAGCUGUCCUUCCACCGAAGAUAGAAAUGAAAAUGGCAAGAAUGAAGAGAACAAUGAACUUCAGUGCACUAAACUUUUAGACAGUGACACAAAAUCUCAAGAAAGACCCUGUCACUUGGAUCUUCAUCAAAGAGAUAAUACUGAGUUACAAAAGAACAGCUCCACAAAACCUAUAGAUCUCUGUAAGAAUCAGUCACUGACAAAGGAAGGUCACAUGAAAGAAAGUGAGCCAGCAUCAACUGAAUACGCUAACACUGCUUUAUCUGCAGGAGACAUAGAUGAUUGUGACAGAUUGACACAAACCUGCAUGUAUGAGCAUCGGCCUCCAAAAACCCUUUCUCCAAUAUAUGAGAUGGAUGUUGGAGAAGCUUUUGAGCAGAGGAUGGAGUCGGAAGUGAACAUUCUAGAUGUGGAUUUUGAAGAUCAGCAGUUUGCAGAACAGGACUGGACUCUUCUCAGGCAAUUGUUAUCUGAUCAGGAGUCAAACUUGGACAUCAAAAACUCUGUUCCCGAAGACCUUAACUUAGCACAAUAUCUCAUCAACCAGACGCUAUUUCUGGCACGAGACAGUUCACAGCCUCAGGGUAAAGCACAGAUUGACACUUUCAGUAGGUGGACUGAACUGAUAUCUCCACUGGAUGAUUCUUCAGCAAGUAUCACAGUGGCAAGUUUUUCCUCUGAAGAUUGUUCUUCCCCUCAAGGGGAAUGGACAAUUCUUGAACUAGAAACCCAUCACUGAAGUGAUUAAUUGUUUGAGACAGGACUUCUCCCAUCCUCCUCCUUCUCCCUAUACCUCUGUAGAUUAAUAUUUGAUGCAAUAUUUCCAUACAAUAAUAAAUACUGCAUCAGUCCAGAAUAGUCAGUCCUUGAUACUGAAACAAUCUUUUCAUGAAGUGACCCAUUUCUAACUAAGAUUUAAUUGCAGGUAAAAUAAACUUUUGGGAAUUUGUGGAUGUUUUCUAAAAAGUAUUUUUGAGCAUGUCUUUUCUUUAGAUUCCUUAGGAAAAUUAGAUGACCUAAGGGGGAAAAAAGGCUUGGUUUAAUCUUACUCUUGUCAUUUGCCAUUUGCUCUUUUCCUGGAUGCUCAAGAAAUUAAAAUAUGAAUGCAGAAUUAAUAGUGCUACCCAUUUUUCUUCAUUGCUGUCCAUAUAGUGACUUGGGGACUUCUUCCAAGAUAAAAGAUUCACAGUGGUUGUGUCAAAGAUGUGUGCCAACAGUAUUUAAAAUAUUAGAAAUGUGUUUGCGUUUGCUGAAGAGGUUUUGAUGCAACUGUUUUUGAACUUAUUUAUAAAGAGCAGCAUGUUUGGUUUGCUUUCUCCAGAUUGAUUUUGUAUCUUUUUUUGACAAAUUUCAAUAAAUUUCUAAAUUUGUUUAUUUAAAUC